GACUUUGACUUCUUCUCGAAAGUGGCAAUUAGAGCCCCCAAUUCACAGGACAUUCACGUGGUGCGGUGUCGACAUGCCAAUGCUGAUAGACACGGGGUCGCCCGUCUGUGUUGUGCCCCGCGAAAUUUAUGAAAAGAACUGGGAGAGAUGGCCGCCAUUGCAACCUUCAGGUGUCAAGCUGUCCUGUUAUCUUGGCAAGCUCCCCGUCCUAGGACAAUUGGACAUGAAGGUAGCCUACAAGGGUGCCGUAGUAGAGUGCCCCCUAAUUGUAUUGAAUUGCCCCGGUCCUAGUCUAUGCGGGCGGGAUCUACUGUUUCAGCUGAGCAACGCAGGGUCACCUAUUCUUCAAAUGACUGCGGAAGCCGGAUCGCCAACGAGUCUCCCGGCCGCGGACGACAUCGCCAACGAGUUUCAAGACGUCUUCAGUGCGGAACUCGGCUGCAUCAGCGGUCCCCCUGUACACCUUCAACUCAAGGAGGGAGCUACACCAAAGUUCUAUCAUCAGCCGCUCCUGGGCCUGCUGAAAGCGGACAAGCCUACGCCGGCGUUGGCCGCAGCCCGAAUACAGCGCUGGGCUCUCUACCUCGGUGGAUUUCGCUACAAACUUCAGUAUUCGCCCGGGUCAACCCAGGAGACGGAAGAGUGGACACUGCCGCCCGACACAGCCGUGUACGCCCGUAACUACGGCCAGGGGGAGAAAUGGACACCAGGGAAAGUGCAGUCCACUACAGGGUCACGCAUGGUCACCAUACAAACGCCUACUGGGGUGGUUCGACGUCACAUAGACCAAGUGCGUUCCAGGCCGAGCCCGGCAUCCGCUCGGAGCGGCGUUCGAGACCAAGACGAGGGGAGCCCUUCGGCUGCAGCUGCGCCCGCACCGACCGACAACGAAAGCGAUUUGAACGAGCAGCCUACAGACCAGGUGGCGCCGGCACAAGCGUCGCCGCCUAUCCAGAAGGCGCAGAAACCCCCUCAAGCUUUGCGACGAUCUACUCGGGAAAGGAAGCCUGUACAGCGUCUUCAAUACUAAGGGAGGAGAAAUGUUGUAAAUCAUCUUGAUAUGCUAUCUCCCGCCGCCUGAGCCAGGCGUGUGACUUAUCAACAACAGCAGCGUUAUGUCUUUCCUCGCCCUUUCUCCCUUCCCAACUCCCUCUCUCUUGCUUGCGUUAAAUACUCUGUUCACGGACGAAUAAACGUUCUUUUCCAGUCCCCCAGCGCUGGUCUCGUCAGUCGUCCACGCACCGUAUGUGCGCUUG